AUGCAGUGUAUUUACAGGCAUGUUUUAAAAAAAAUUAAAACUUCCAAGCGAACCAUUACCACCAGCGUGCCUGAAAUACGAAUAUAUGAGGUUGGACCCAGAGAUGGGCUUCAAAAUGAAACGAAAUUUGUACCAACAGAAGUCAAAGUUGAGCUAAUACAUAAAUUGGCAUCUUCUGGCUUGAAAAAUAUUGAAUCAGCAAGUUUUGUUAGCCCAAAAUGGAUAAAACAGAUGAGUGAUGGUGUACAUGUUAUGACAAAUAUUAAAAAAAUACCAGAUGUAAAUUACCCUGUGCUAGUUCCUAAUUUAAAAGGAUAUGAAAUUGCUAAAAAAUGCAAUGUUGAAGAAAUAGCAAUUUUCCCAGCUGGGUCUGAGGCUUUCUCUCAAAAGAAUCUCAACUGUUCAGUCAAGGAAGGACUAGACAGAUUCAGGGCAGUAGCUGAACAGGCUGUGAAGGAUGGUGUUCGGGUCAGAGGCUAUGUCUCAUGUGUAGUAGGAUGCCCUUAUGAGGGUCCAAUCAGUCCUACUGCUAUAGCAAAGGUAACAGAAGAGGUUUUAUCCAUGGGAUGCUAUGAAGUGUCGUUAGGAGAUACCAUUGGUGUGGGAACAGCAGGGUCAGUCCGGCGACUCAUGAAAGAGGUCCUUCAGGUUGCGAAACCCGAAAACCUGGCUCUCCACUUUCAUGAUACCUAUGGGCAGGGCCUAUCAAAUUUACUAGCAGGACUUGAGUUUGGCAUCAAAACUGUGGAUUCAUCGGUCUCAGGUUUGGGUGGAUGUCCGUACGCCCGGGGAGCCAGUGGUAACCUUGCAACUGAAGAUCUAGUCUACUUCUUAUACGGUUUAGGGGUCAAUACGAAUGUCGACCUUGUGAAAUUGGUCGAAGCUGGCCGAUAUAUUUCUAACUUCCUUGCAAAGCCUACAGAAUCAAAAGUCAAUCGAGCUUUAGGAGACCGAUUCAGUAAUCAUUUGGAUAUCGUCAAAAUUGCUUCUUGUAAAACAUAA